AUGGAACAGGACCCUACCUAUACAUUAGCCAGUGACUCAGGAUCAGAACUGUCAGGGAUUAGUGAAGAAAACUCGCCAAGUCUUCAGAACGUAAGUUUGGGGGACAGAGAGAACGAUUUCGAUAGUGAAGGAAGUAGAUCUAGUGAUGAAGAGAAUGAGGUCGCGUCAAAUGAAAUGAGGGGGUCACGGUCAAGGACGGGUAGACCUGGACCUGGACAGAUAAGGGGGCGUGGCACUAAUGAACAGCUGUUUCAGUGGGAUGAGUAUCCAGACGAGGACCCAUUUGAGCAAAGUUGGCUCAAGGAUUUUGAUGUAGAAAGUGAAGGUAUGAGUCAAGAGUUUUUAGAAUUAUCAGCUGGUGAGAAGGCAGUGGAAUAUUUCAAGUUGUUUUUCCCUGUUGAAGUCGUAGAGUCAAUGGUGACAGAAACCAAUAGAUAUGCGCACCAAGUAUUGGAUGGCCAAGGUGACACAUACAGGAAAGAUCAGUGGUUUGAUACAACAGAGGAUGAGAUGAGAGCAUUCAUAGGGCUACAGAUAUGUAUGGGGCUGUACCCCCAGUGUUCCAUAGUGAAUCAAUGGAGUCCAACCUUCAUAUAUGAAAACAAGUUCGGAGAAGUCAUGGGCCGAAACAGAUACCAAUAUCUGAAUGGAUUUCUUCAUUUUUCUGAUAAUACUGGAAGAAUAGCAAGAGGGCAACCAGGAUAUGAUCCUAUUUCCAAGGUGAAACCAUUGAUAGAUGAAACCAAGAACCUGUACAAAAGCAUUUACUCACCUGGAAGAGACAUAUGA